AUGAUUAUAGUAUUUUGUAUUGUGAUUGGGUUAUUUGCUUCUAAUUAUCGUAUUAGAGGUAUUGCUAUACCAAUAACAGGGGGUUUUUUAAUCUACGAAUUAUUAAUUUUUACUUUAGCUUUAGUGUGUUUUUAUGAUUGGAAAAAGUUUUAUGAAAAACAAGAAACUGAACGUUUUUGA